UCGGUAUUUGCCUAGCUCCGCCCACUACUGCCAUACAGCGCUGCAGCUUCCUGCCGCGUCAAGAUACCAACUCUCCACAACAACAAUGAGUGAGUCACUGACGGUGUGCACGGUGGACAAAGACCUGCUCCAAAAGCUGAAGAAGUUUCGCAUGCGCAAGGAGACCACCAAUGGCGCCAUCGUCAUGAAGAUCGACAAGGACAAAGAUCUUGUGGUACUUGACGAAGAAUACGAGGACAUUUCUCUCGACGACCUGAAGGACGAACUUCCAGAGAGACAGCCCAGAUAUGUGGUGUACAGUUACAAGUACCAUCACGACGAUGGACGUAUAUCCUACCCUCUCUGCUUCAUCUUCUCCAGCCCAGCAGGUUGCAAGCCUGAGCAGCAGAUGAUGUACGCAGGAAGUAAAAACUCUUUGGUGAAAGAUACUGAAAUGACAAAGGUGUUUGAGAUCCGAAACACGGAGGACCUGACGGAGGAGUGGCUGAAGGGGAAACUGGCCUUCUUCCGCUAAGGAGGGCUUGGAUUGUGCAGGACAAAUGUUGUCGGGGGAAUAACCUGCCGCAAAUCCCCUCCUCUUUUAGGCAGACCUGAUUUAAAAGCUGUCGACUACUGUACUUCCUUUCUUGUUUUAGGCUUCUGGCUGGUCUAAAAUGGAAAUUUAGUUUAAUCUAAUUUGUCCCCCCCCCCCCCCACACACACACCUCUUAAAUCCCCCUUUUGUGGUCUCCAUGUGCCAAUUGUGUACGUGUCAGUGUGGAAUUAACACCCAAGUAGCGCUCAAGCGUGGAACCAAACUUCUUAUUGUCAGCAGAGAUGUGAAUCUUACAACUCACAAUUCAAUCCGAUUCUCGGGUUGACGAUUUGAUUCCGAAUUUGUUUCAGAUUUUUGCAUUAUAUUUGGUGUAAAAAUUUGUCAAAAACCCUUUUUAAAACAGCUUACAUGUCAUGAUCCGUGGUCCGGAUCAUGUUUUGAGUAUUCUGUUUGUUUUGGACUCCUUUAGUUCCUGUUGGUGCACCUCCUGAGUUUAGUCACCAUGGUUACUUAUGAUUUUCACCUGCCUCUGUUGUUCGGGACACACCUGUUUGUAAUCAAGAGACACUAUUUAAGCCUGCCUUUGUUGAUCACUCGUCCUGGCUUCUUUCUGUUACGACUGAUGCGGGGUUUGUUCUCCCAGGGUGCAAGCGGACGACUCCGGACAGGACUUGCAGGUAGAAACAGGAUUUAAUAGUAAAAUAACACUCAAAGAGGUACAAAAGAAAAACAAACCGACGGAAAAUGGUGCCGAUCGCACCUGAAACUAAGGCUACUUACUUAGCACAGACUAGGGAUCACUAGCAGGGGCUAGGAGACAAGCAAAACUAACAUAACAGGAGCGUGACGCAAAUAAAGAAGCCAGGACGAGUGAUCAACAAAGGCAGGCUUGAAAUAGUGUCUCUUGGU